GACAUGCGUUUAUCAUUCAGUCCCUUGAUUGCCACAAUUAUCAUCAACAUCACCUUCAUCGUUGUCAUAAGUACAAUCAACAUCUCAUGAAACUGGUUAUUCAUUUUAUGUAUGCGUUAAUAGUUAUUUUAAAUUGUGCACAAUUAACUUGAUGUUUUUCUCAAUCAAUUGUUUCUCAUUAUUCCAAUUUAAUCAACAAUCACCAAGUUACUCCAAGUUUUGCUUUAUUUUUUGCAAGUUUUUUCACUUCUACCAAUUUAGCGCUUUAAUUAUGGCUGAACCAUUGAAUCGUCGUUAAUGGUUUUAAUUAUUUGCUAAUAUAAUUUCCGUUAAUCUUGAUCUGAACCUUGAAUUAAAUGGAGACAAUAAAAUAUCAUGUACAAGUUCAAUUUGUGAAUCAAGUUUGAUUCUUUCAUCUUUUUCCAUCUUCUUUAUCAUGUUCUAUUCAUUUACUGGUUUAUUUUGGUUAAAUAAAACACUAAAUAUCUCACUUCAACAAUUUAAUAUUAACCAGUAAUCUGUUAUCAACUAAAUUCAGUCAGUUUCAACCUUUAAACUAAUGAAAAUGAAACAAAGCUACAAACCAAAUGACUUUGGUCAUACAAACGAUUGUUAUACCAUGAAUGAUGAUCACAAUGUUGACAGUGAUACCAACAACAACAAUUUCAGUCCAGUUAAUGAUAUAAAUAUUAAUGAUAUAAAUGAAAACAAUAAUAAUGAAGAUGACCACAAAAUUGGCAGUGAAGUUUACCGGAUUGAUGGUUUCACUGAUUUAACCAACUAUGACUCAAGUUCAGUUAAGACAGGAGUGACAUCUGUCUCUUCUUUAGACCCAAAAGGUGCUGUUCUUGGUUUGAAUGGAACGGUUGACUCUCUCAUCAGUUCAGAGCCCAUUUUAAAUAGUAAUAAUUAUAACACAGUUAACGACACCAAUAUUAAUGACAUCAAUAAUCACCUUAAUAGCUACAAUAACAAUAAGAAAAGAGCUUCAACAACAUUGACCCAUCUACGUCGUGAAUCCCGCCAAUUGGCUUUAACCUUUUGGUCCUCUUUUCGUGGUGUCUUCUAUGCUUUUCUUUCAUCCAUAUUUUUCUCUAUAACAACCGCCAUUGUUAAACAUCUAUCGACAAUACAUCCUGGUGCUUUGGCAUGUUUUCGCUUCCUUGGAAUCCUAGUUUUCUCCAUUCCAAUGGUCUCCGAUUUGGGUACCAAUGUGUUAGGCCCAAAAGACUUGAGAGUUUGGGUCCUAUUGCGUGGUCUAUUUGGUGCAACCUCACUUUACCUUCGCUAUUGUGCUCUACAAUAUCUACCUUUAGCCAAUGCAACCAUCAUUGUCUUAUCCAUGCCAGUAUUUGUCUGUAUUUUUGCUCGCCUUUUUCUUAAGGAACCCUGUGGAAUCUUCCAUUUCAUCGCUCUUGCUGUUACACUUCUUGGCAUUGCAUUCACAGCUAAAUUAAAUGUCCUUUUUGGCUCAACAGAUGCUGAAGCUGCUGUUGCCGGUAUUGAUAGACGAUCCGAGUUACUUGGUCUGGCUGCUGGUAUGGGUGCCACUCUGGUUGGCUCUGCUUCCUAUGUUGUUGUCCGUAAAGUUAAAAAGCUUCAUCACUCAAUCAUAUUGUUUAACUUUGCUUGGGUCGCAAUCCUGGAAACUUCCUUCAUUACAUAUUUCCUGGAUGGUUUCAAGCUACCCGAAUGUGGCAUGGGUCCCUGGUUACUGGUUAUACUGGCGAUUGCUAGCUUCUAUGCUCAAUUAUUAUUGACUAAAGCACUACAAAACGAGGAAGCUGGACUGGUUAGCGUUACUCGAGCCUCAUCUGAAGUCUUCUUUGCUUUUAUAACGCAAAUAUUUCUCUUUCGGCGAAUGCCUGACAUCUACUCGAUUGUCGGAGCUCUUCUUGUCACUUCGGCUGUUUUAUUGACAAGUUUACGCAAAUAUAUCCUUACUUUAUCACCUGACCAUUUGGGCCGGAAAAUAUUCGCUUUCACUCUUAAAUGAUUGUCAAGCUAAAUUUUUCAUCUUUUUUUGUAUCUACCUAUCGUUUCCUCAUUCAACCAAAUCGAUUCAUGUGAAGCAAACGAUGUUUUUUUCUAACGUUAUUGAUUUUACUCGUCGUUCAAUUAUUUCCAUUAUCGUUCUAUCAUUUUUGACAUUCUAAAACGAGUCCGGCUACAAAUGCUGAACUCUUCUUUUAUUGUUAUCUGUCAUUCCUGACCGGAUAAAUCAAGUUUAACUCUGUAAUUAAGUCAAAAACUGUUGGAUUAUCUAAAAUGUUCAAAGUUUGUUAUGCUUACAAAGACGAUUGUUAUGGACAAUGUUUCAAUUUUACUGUAUAACGUUACAUUUGAAUAAAUUUUAAUUUUAUCUGUUAA